AUGAAAAAUUUAAAAGAUUGUUUAUAAUCAAAAUAAGCUUAUAGGGAAACAAAAGAAUAUAAGGAGAAUAUAGAAAAUGAGUAAAUUUAUUAUUAAUUAUUUUAGUAUUACCUUAAGAUAUGAGUUGGAGACAAAUGAAUAAAUACUGUAUAAUAAAUAAUCAGAACCUAUAGAGAUGGUUUUAGGAAUGAGAGUAAGUGUAUUCCUAUGAUUUAACUGAUCAGUUAAUAAAAGAACUAAUGGAUCUACAUAAUGAGUGUGUAUUGGAUGGAGUAACAAAGAAUUUAAUAUAUUUGAUUGAAGAGAUCAUAAAAAGGGAUUCAAAAAAGAGAGAGAGAGGAAUGUAUUAUUUCUGUGACAAUCCAGGUAGUUUAAUGUAGAAAAUUAAUUGAAGGUUUUGGGGAAUACUCUAAUGAGAUGAUCAUUGGAAAGCAUAUAUGUUUGGAAUUUAUGGCAUCCAUAUAAUUCAGUGAUCAGUCAAAUGUAUGGAGAGAUCUAUGGUUUAGAUAUUUAAGAUUGAAAGAGAAUGGAAUAGAGUUUCCUAAGUUACAUUACUUUAACGAUUAGAAAGUCAGGGAAUAUUAUAUGGUAGUAAAAGAAAGUUAAAAGAAUGGAACCUUAUAUAAACAAGAGUGUUCAAAAUUAAAUGAAUAAUGUUUUGAUUAAAUAAAGAAGGCAAUAGAGAAAAUUUAAUUUAAUAAUGGGAUAUUACAUGAAAUUAAUGAAGAAUUAAAAUGUAAAAAUUGAAUUAUUUUUAGAGAUAAAAAAUGUUAAUAAAAAAUUAGAAACUAUUUAUUGA